AUGUCCAUAGCGCUCAAGCAAGUCUUUAAUAAGGACAAGACUUUCCGCCCCAAACGCAAGUUUGAACCUGGAACCCAGAGGUUUGAACUUCACAAACGAGCGCAGGCCUCUCUGAACUCAGGUGUGGACUUGAAAGCGGCUGUGCAGUUACCAAAUGGAGAAGACCUAAAUGACUGGGUGGCUGUCCAUGUAGUUGACUUCUUCAAUAGGAUCAACCUCAUUUAUGGAACUAUCUGUGAAUUUUGCACAGAGAAGACCUGCCCAGUGAUGUCUGGAGGCCCUAAAUAUGAGUACCGGUGGCAGGACGACAUCAAGUACAAGAAACCCACAGCGUUGCCAGCACCCCAGUAUAUGAAUCUUCUCAUGGAUUGGAUCGAGCUUCAAAUCAACAACGAGAGUAUAUUUCCUACAAAUGUAGGUGUUCCCUUCCCAAAGAACUUCCUUCAGGUGUGCAAGAAGAUACUCUGCCGUCUUUUUCGAGUGUUUGUCCACGUCUACAUCCAUCACUUUGACCGUAUCAUGCUCAUGGGGGCUGAGGCCCACAUCAAUACCUGUUACAAGCAUUUUUACUACUUUGUGACAGAGCUCAACCUCGUAGACCGCAGAGAACUAGAGCCUUUGGACAAUGAACUCCACCAGUGUGUGAUCACUGCAGCCCAGGCUGCCUUGAGUCUUAACAUCCCUGAUGAGCUCUCCUGCACUGGUGACCAUCAGAUCCAGUAG